AAAGGCGGAAGCACUAUCCGUUUCCUGCGAUUACUCCUGUUUUGAAGGAAUUCGAGAUCUUUUUUGAACAAGAAGACAUAAUUUUCACCUAUUUGCCUAGUUUAACUUCGUGAUGAUUGAAUCCCCUUCGUAGCGUAUGGCUCCGUCACUGGACUGGCGGAGAAAGGAGUUAUGUUAAUUAGGUGGUGAGACCUUAUUCUGUAACAUAUACACUCUUUAACCAAAAAGUCAUUCAACAACUUUUUUUAUUAAAUUCCCAAAUGAUUUCUCUUUCUUCAAUUUUCCUUACCCUAGAUGUUAAUAAGUAUUAGAAACAUGGUAUUCCUGAUAACUCUAGUUCCAUCAGAACUUACAAGGCAUGCAACAUGCUGAACUUGAAUUCAGUCAGUUUUCUCUUUAUAAUUUAUCUAUUUUGUCUGUCCAGAAUUAUUGAACAUAUUGUGGUUGUAUAGUGGAGGUGGUAAUAAUAGAUGUGGAAUCUUUUUUUUUAUGGGUUUGGAGAUAAGGGAUGUCUCUUAUCGACCUCCAGGAACCAAGAUCGAUCUAUUGAGUCAAGUCAACCUUUCCAUCCCUGAAAAAAGACAUAUCAAGCUGUCUACGGAACAGUAUCACUAUGAAGAAACUAGAAUCUCAAAUGCUGAUAUGCAUUUGAAGAGGCUCUCUGUGGAUUUGACAUGGAUCUUUUGUAGUUUUGGCUUGAUAUUUGGACGGAGUGGCAGUGGAAAAACUACUCUAUUGCAGCUGAUUGCAGGGUUAAGCAAACCAACGUCAGGUUCCAUAUAUGUGCAGAGAUAUAGUGAUGAUGAUGAACAGAUUAAGUCUCCUGAACCCUUACAACCUGAAAGAGUUGGCAUUGUUUUCCAAUUUCCUGAGAGAUACUUUGUUGCCGACACUGUUCUUGAUGAAGUUACAUUUGGGUGGCCAAGACAAAAGGGUGGCCUACAAUUAAGAGAGCUUCUUGCUUCUAGACUUCAAAAGGCCAUUAUGUCGGUUGGUCUAACAGGAAUAUCCUUGGAUAAGGAUCCCCAUUCAUUAAGUGGUGGCUACAAACGUCGGCUAGCCCUUGCUAUUCAGUUAGUUCAAACACCAGAUUUAUUAAUAUUGGAUGAGCCUCUUGCCGGUCUUGAUUGGAAGGCUCGUGCAGAUGUGGCAAAAUUGUUAAAGGAUCUAAAGAAGGAGCUAACUUUACUUGUUGUCAGCCAUGACCUCAAGGAGUUGGCAUCUUUGGUAGAUCAAUCUUGGAGGAUGGAAAUGGGAGGAGCACUUAAAAGAGAGCCACUACCCAUUUAAUACUCAGAACUUAUAAUGUUCCUAAUAAUCAUUUUCUGAUGUAAUAUAUGAGUUCCCAAAAGGCCAAAAGUGGCCAUCCUUCUUCCCACGUUCCCAUGUCCACAGACUACAGCAGCAUCGACUGAGUUUUGGCGACCGACGACCAAGAGUAGCACGCAGCAACCGCCAGUCGACCAGCAGGCAGCCGCAACAUAGCAGCCGACCUUUCCAGUUUCCACACAGCCAGGUGCCAGCCGUGAGCCGAUCAUCGACCACUUUCCACUUCCACCGACCACCAUAGGUUUUUAUGAGACGUGAAUUACAUACAAUUCUUGGAGAGGUGCUCAAGGUUAUUGAUUUUACUUCAAUCCCUGACUAUUGAGAUCUUCACAUUUCAUGUAACCUCUUAAAUGUAAUUAACAGUUUCUGUAAUGAGUUUUGAGAUAGUUUCUAACUUUCUAUAGCAUAGCACUUAGUUUGUUCUUCAAAUUUAAUUAAAGUUUGAUGGGUCUGCAGCAUUUUCUUUGUCCUAGUCUCUUACCAAAAGUUUUGAAUGUCGAUUGGAAUUUUGUUCAAAAUAUGUAUUAUUGUAUGCAUGUAUUGGUAAAUAAAAUUACACUGUUGAACAUA